GAGCCCUCCUCCAACACUCCCAGGCUCACUGGGAGUAGAUAGGGAAAGCUGAACUUCAAAGAACAAACAAUUCUGACGUCUGGAUUUUCCAGGGUGUCUGCUGGAACUCCGGUCCCAAGACAUGAAAAUGACCCUCGCACAAAGAUUUUGUCGGAUUCUUUUUCUAGCCAGUUUUGUGUUGACAGUUCUGUCUGAACCUCUUCCCACAACGGGGUCUUCUGAUGAAAUCAGUACUGCCAAUGGCACGGAUGUUGUCUCAACAAUCUCUGCUCCCAAUAUCACUGUUUUUUCUACAACGGUUUUGCCAAAUCACACCCAGAAUGAUUCCACCACUGAUAUUUUUUCUCCAAAUUUGACCCAAGACAACCUGGGAUUCUCCAAAUCCACAACACUCUCACAGAUCACAAAUGGAGCUAUAACCCCUCAGAUAACAACAGGCCUUCAACCUUCAACUAAAGUCACAACAACAUCUAAUGUCACGUUCCCUGCCACUACCCAUGGAGCCUGGACAACUGUGAACGUCAGCAGCACAUCAAAUUACACCACUUAUGAAUCACAAACAACUGAAUCACACCUGAAUAAAAACAUCACAGCAUGGACAUCUGCCCCUGGCUAUUUCAACACCCAAGAACCACCAGGUGGAAUGACCUAUUCAGAACAGAACAUGACAAUUCUCUUCAGUGUUGUCACUGGGUUGGCUUUUCUGGUCAUGUUCACGUACGCCAUAUACAGGUGCAAACGGAAGACUCAGUACUCUCAUCGUCCUCUCUAUAAUUCUGAGGAAACAGUGGACAGGUUUGUGGCAGCAGAUGACACUCUAGUAAUCUCUGGUGGACUCUACGAUGGCCCUCGCAUUUACAACCCCACUAUGACCACUCUGCAUGAUGAGGAAUUCAAUGCCGACCAUCCAUUUCCCUCCCAACCCACCCAAUUUCGACUGGAGUUCAUGAAUGAAGAUGAAGAGAAUAAGUCCCCGGACCAUGGGACUUGUAGCUUUGAAACAUUUCAACCAGUUGGUAAUGAUUCUUAGUCAACCAAAGUGAGGUUCUGAACGUAAUACAUUUUUUCACAAAUGUACUUUAUUUUAAUUUGCUAACAAGGCCAAGUUUCAAAUUGCCAAUUCAGCUAUGACAUACUUUGAUGAGUAAACACAAUGUCAACAAGGACAUGCUAUUCAUUAAAGUAUUUAAUUUCAACACUAUUAAAACAACAAGCUAACAUAUUUAAUGAAAACAACAAAUGGAAGUAGAUAAAUAUAACAUUUUAAAUAAAAAUCAAUUUGACAUCAAAAA